GGUGUGGCUGAGGCGUCGAGGAGGAGUCGGGGCCCUGAGAAGGAGCCGCCACGCCCGGGACCAGCGGGGAGCCACCACAAUUAGCACUGUCCUGAAACGAGCUGAUUCAAGUGAUUUGAUAAACUACAUUUUUCUUGUAGAUAAAGAAUAAUACACAAGAAAAAAUGCCAGUUCAUACAGAUCUGGACAUAAUGAUGCGGCGCAUUGAGCAGAAUCCAAAGGACAUUCGUGUUGUAAAGCAGUCUUUGUUGUCAAUCAUUUCAAUUUGUGAUGGAGACACCAAUGCAGGGAUUCGUUUUCACUAUAUCGGUGGUUUGUCGACUCUCCGUAAUCUUGCCAGAUCAGAUGUGCCCAGCAGGAUAAAAGAAACCAUCCUGUACACCCUAGGAUCUCUAGCCGAAGUUAAUUCCUUUUGUCAGAAAAGUCUCUGUAUUCAUCAAUAUUUUUAUGAGAUAAUGUCUUUUGUAUUGGAUAAGGAGUCCAGUUUGGAGUUGAAAAUGAUUUCUGUCUGCUCUCUAUUGGCCCUGGUUUCAAAGAACAGGGCUGGACAAAGAGUCUUGAGAGAAUCAGGCUGUUUUCCUGUUCUGAAGGGGUUAUUCAGUGUAACUAUUGUGACUUCUGAGAUUGAUUUCUCGGAUGAAACCUUUAAGAAGAAGUAUCACCUGUGGUAUGCAGUGUGCAGGACCUUGUGUGCCUCUCUCACUCGUCCUCGAAAUAAGGAAAAUCAGGACAUUUGCUCCUCCAUUUUGCCAGAUGCCUUGGCCAUGAUAGAAACAUGUAUGACCCCUGAGGUACUUUGCCCUCUUUGCCGAUUUAUUGGAGUCACGGUGUCAGGAAACAUAUCAAUUCAGAAAUCCUUCACAUCUCAUGGGGGAUUGGAUGUUUUGGCUAAGAGAUUUACCAAGAUUGCUGGAGUUUCACAUCUGAAUAUUGGUAAUGCUAAAAUGGCAGUAGCGCUGACAAAUGCCAUCAGUGUCACCAUCAUUGAUAACGCUCCUGGAAGUAUUAUUCUAGGGAAGUAUCAAGUUGUGCCCAAACUUCUGACUCUGCUGCUUCUGGAUAGUCUGAAGUCUGAGGAAAAAGCUAGCAUUCUGGUUACCCUUGGGCGUUGCAUAGAGUCAUGUGGGGAAAAUCUAAAUCUCCUGCUCCUGAACAAUGGCCUUAAACAGAUUAUAAGCUGCUUCUCUGAAGCCCAGUAUGAGGAUGUAAGCAGCAUUAUUCUUAUCGUCAUGCUCAACAGUAAGGUUUUUGCUGAGAAAUUACUCAGUAAAUUUUUUGCAUAUAUUUCACAAGGGAUUUCUGAACUAAGAAAUCAAGGAAAAGUUGGUGGCCACUCGAUGGAAACAGAAGAGACCUUGCCUAAAGAACAACAUCAAAAAGAAGGAAAUAAGGUAUGA